ACUUGAACUCCCCUAACAAGGGUCUGCCCGUGGAAUAUUCCAGCAGCCUAGCAGAUUUUCCGGUGGAAGGGGCGCAGAGAAGUUUGGGCAACCCCCUCUCACCAGGCCUGACAGAGGAGGAAGCUCAGGCUCUUCAGAAUGAGCUUGCCAAGGUGGAGGAGGAGAUCAGCACCUUACGUCAGGUUCUGUCCGCCAAGGAGAGACAUGCCGCAGAACUCAAGAGGAAACUGGGCCUCAGCCCUCUCAAUGAGUUCAAACAGAAUCUCACAAAGAGUUGGCAGGAUGUGCAGACUUCCAACCCAUAUGUGUCUGCCUCCGCUACUUUGGAUGACAUUACCCACUCUGAAGCGAACUCUGCAACCUUCAAGUCAUUUGAGGACAAAGUGGGCAACCUUAAGGUUCACCACCAAUCACAUCGUGAAGUUUGCAGAUGACACAACGGUGGUGGGCCUCAUCAGUGAUAACGACGACCUGGACUACAGAGAGGAGGUGGAGCAGUUGGUGGGCUGGUGCAGAGACAAUGGACUGAUCCUGAAUGUGGAGAAGACGAAGGAGAUCAUCGUCGACUUCAGGAAGAACCAGCCUCACCACGCUCCACUGAUCAUCAACAGCUCAGCUGUGGAGGUGGUCAGCAGCACUAAGUUUCUGGGGGUCCACAUCACAGACGACCUCACCUGGACUGGGAACACCACGACACUGGUCAAGAGGGCACAGAAGCGCUUGUACUUCCUGCGGAGGAUGAGGAGAGCCCACCUGCCCCCACUCAUCAUACUACCGAAGCACCAUAGAGAGCAUUCUGACGAGCUGUCUCUCGGUGUGGUGUGGGGGUUGCAGCGCCUCAGAUUGGAAGAACGUAAGGAGAGUGGUGAGGACAGCAGAGAGGAUCAUCGGAGCUCCUCUUCCCUCCAUUCAGGACUUGUCAUCCCAGCGCUGCGUGUCCCGAGCCCGAAAUAUUAUUAGUGACCCAUCACACCUGUGGGAAGAGGUUUCGCAGCAUCCGCUGCAGGUCCACCAGGUUCUGCAAUAGUUUUUUCCCUAUUGUCGUCAGACUGUUGAACAGUCAACUUAGCAUUCCCCUGCGCACUUUGUAAAUACUGUUUUUGUUUCCUUCAUUGCUGCACUUUAUAUUUAUCUUAUUUAUCUUAUCUUCUUUCAUAUUUAAAUAGAAAUGUCACUUUUUAUCCAGCUGAAAUAUCAUUCCUUUGUUGAGAGCCGUAUGCAACGAAAUUUCGUUUUGUGUGCACCGAGUGUUUACAAAAUGACAAUAAAGUCUAAGUCUAAGAAAUAAAUUACAAAGAUAAUCAUUAAAAAGGAAGUUUUGUUGUCACUGUACCUUAGAGACACAUAGAAAUACAUACGUUCCGAAACUUACUGUACUUACUGUUUGUGAACUUCAAAUUAACUUAUAUAUUUUAUUUAAUUUUUUCUAUUUUUCAGUUUUUUUAUCCAACUUACUGAAAUUUAACUUAGCAUAUUUGAGUGAGUGAGUGAAUGAACGCUGGCGCGAAUUGCUGCCGCUGCUCUCUGGACAUUUUUAACGUUUUGCUUUGAUUUCCUGCAAAGUCUGUAGCAGAUCACUAAACUUAGAUUAACGUGGUAGUGUUGGCUUUAUUCUGGGUCAACUCUCAAGCGGACCUGUCUGUCUGUAGCGUGUCUUUGACCGCCCAGUUGCUACCUGUGUGUGAGUGUGUUUGCUUUACACCUGGUCACUGCUUCGCCGGUCCCGAUUAACGUUUUCCUGCCUGGGCCGUGCAGCAAUGCUUACCAAGAACCUUGCUGUGAGGUCUAUGCUCUGGUGGACUAUCCUGUUCGCCAUGCUUUAUCCAGCGUCAACCCUGAUCCAGUACACGAACGCGGAGCUUCUCCAACUCCAGCACUGCCGGUUUGCUCUCCCACCUGUCAUGUAACGCUUCCCGGACAUUGCUCGCCUUCACCACCGGAAAUACAUCCACCGUGGUGCUGAACGCAACUAGCACAUUGAUGACUCCACUCCCAUAAACACCAUCUGGUCCUCCAUGUGCUGCCAUCCACCGAGGAACAUCAAAAGGAAGGUUGAUCACUGCGCAUUGGCUAGCCUAGCUAGGUCAGCUAAUGCUUCCUGCCAACACUGUGACAUCAAACUGGGACUACUUAACAUCCGCUCCCUCACUGGCAAGGGACAGCUGCUACUGGACCUCCUGCUUGACUGCAAGUAUGACUUUGUGUUUGACUGAAACGUGGCAACAUCCUGGCGACUUUUCUCAGUUGAACAAAUCAAGUCCGCCCGGGUUUGUUUUGAAGAGGGAGAAACAGCAAUGUGUACAUGUUCUAUUAAGUUAGACAAUCUCAUGGAUGUUUUAAUGUUCAUACUAUGCAAUUCUUUUCCUUAGUUUAUAUAAACAUAACUGCUCAAUCAGAACACUAAUACAACACACACACACACACACACAGAGGGGUGACGCCCCCCACACUCAGGUACCAAACGGUCAUGUGACAAGUUCCCGCCUUUCCGGGCAGUAUAAAAGAAGCUGACCUGGAGAAGGAAGAUGUUGUUUCAUCUGCUGCCGUGCCUCGUGCAUUGGCCGCCAUUAAACAACCCAAGAUCUUACCAAUAAAGAACCAACUCUAUACUCCACAUCUUUGUUGUUCCUGGCUCAACAUCGGACAACCCGCACAAUACGCAACAGUUUACACCUGCCAACCACGUCUCACCGGUCGAGGAGGAAGUCUCGCGAUACUUCACCGUGAGACUUAGAAGGUCUCGUGUUUUAGUCAGGGAUGAGAAUCUUCGGCGGAUCUGCGAAUUUCCGUGUUUUUUUCCGUCGGGAGUAUCAUUUUCGUGAAUCAUGUAGAUCUGUUGAGAAAAUUGUUUUUAUAUGGGGGUGGGGGGGCUGGCAGCAGCAUUGCAACAACAGCCGCCUUUUUUUCGGCAGCAUUUUGGCGUGACUUUCGUCACAUCAUUUGCCUACUCAUUUGCCUAAUUAGCAAAGGCUUUAGCCAGCAUGGCGAAGGUUUUAGAGAAAAAAGACAAGGAUCGUGCCAGGGAAAUACACAAGUCGAACGGGAUCAGGAACUGCUUCAGACGGGCAUGGCCCGAGAACUGCAUCAUCUUACAACUCGGAACACAAAUACGCUCUUAAAGCAAUGCGACAGUGAGCGCCCGGCGAUCGGACUAAAUUAAACUCCAUGCACACUGAGGUCCACUUGAAUUUUGGAAAGUACAACAGGACUUUAAGAAUAUUUUCUAGGUUUCAGCGACGGCUCUGUCACAAUAAUGCGAUCAGCGCAGUUGUUGGAAUAAUUGUAUUUGCAGAAGCGCUGGCUGGCCUGAACCGGUGGCCUCAUAUGUUCGUUCAAGCAAACAUAUCUGUCUAGCUCUGGGGAGUUCUUGGACUCCCUUCCUUUUCUUAGCUGUGAGAGGCCCUCACUAGUUAUGAACAGAACACCUUUGUUCUUUGUUUAGUUCAAGAGAAGUUCUUUCUCUUUUAUACCUUUUAGUUUAUAUUCAUAAAUUGUUGUUGACCGGGACGGUUUUUAAGUUAUCCCAUAUUUACUCAAUGUUUGUUUAAGUAGACUUCAUGCAAGUUAUCUCACUUCAACUUAACGUUUGUUGGAGUGUAUGCAUAAGAGGUAUCUGAUUAUUUACUCAUUAUUAUUAUUGAGUUUGAGUUUGAGUUUGAGUUUAUUCACGCGAUAUCCAAGACAUACAACAUGGAACAACAAACAGUAAUUCCGGAUGCGUGAAAAGGUCACCCCAAGCAAGCUAUUUAAAGCUUUUAAUAGGGGGCCUGGUUUCCCAUUAGUAUCAGAUAUUGGCCAGAUAUCCUUACAUUUUGGACAACAUACAACAAUAAUAAACACACAACAAGGUACAGCACACAACAACCAUACGACAAGCAAUAGACAACCUCAGUAUUCUGGUUACUCUGGAUUUGAUGUAAAGUACAUUUGCAAUUUAUAAAUUAACAACUAAUAUAUUAACAACAGGACACGGGUGUUCAUGCAAUUUAUAACCAGCACAUUAAAUAUACAUUGAUAGGAGUUGAUUUUUUAGAUUUGCCUUGAAGAUGGAUAUGGAUUGCAACAUUUUUAGUGUUUCAUCAAGCUCAUUCCAAAUCUGUGGCCCUCUGCACACAAUACUAAAGCUUGUAGAUUUUAGUUUCCGUUUUUUCCCUAUGAUUAGAUUUCUAUUCCUGGUGGUGUGGGUGUGGCUGGGAGUACAGAUUGGGAUGAGUUGACAGAGUUUGUGGUUUCGUUUAUGGACAGUCUGAUACAUGAUGCAAGCAUUCUGGAAAUAGUUAUAUUCAACAAGCCUCAGAAGAUUGUGUUGGUGAAAGAUUGUUUUAGUGGGGGCGUUAAACUCAGACCAUGUUAUGGCGCGUAUGACCUUUUUCUGAAGUAUCUCCAGCUUUUUUAGAUGGGUUGGAAAUGUGUUACACCAUAUAAUAUUGCAGUAUUUUAAAUGAGGUUCAAAUAAGGAUUUGUACAAAAUAAGAAGUGCAGUGAGUGGGAGAUAAUGUCUCAAUUUGAAGAAUAAACCCACAUAUUUAGACAGUUUGAUUGUGAGGUCAUCAAUAUGUUUUUUAAAGUUCAAGAAUUCGUCAAUGUGGAUUCCCAGGAAUUUAGUAGAGCUGACUCUUUCAAUGUUUUGUCCGUUAAUUUCUAUGCAAAUUUGGUCAAUGUCCUUUUUUUUAUGGGACCGGAAUACAAUGUAGUAUGUUUUAUUGACAUUUAGGGAGAGUUUAUUGCAUUUAAACCAUGUGUUUAUUUUCGCUAACUCACUAUUUAUAAUUUGUUCAAGUGUAUUUGGAUUUUUGUGGGAAAGAAACAAGUUUGUAUCGUCAGCAAAUAAUACUUUAUGUAGUAUGGGUGAAGUAUUAACAAUGUCAUUUAUAUACAAGAUGAACAGGAGCGGCCCUAAGAUGGAUCCUUGAGGAACUCCAUAAUUUAUGGGCUUGUAUGAAGAUUUAUGGUUGUUAAUAGAGACAUAUUGAUUGAUGUCUUCCGAACAGAUAGCUGCGGAACCAGUCUAACGCCAGGCCUCUAAUACCAUAGUGUUGUAAUUUAUGUAUAAGAAUAUCAAUCGUGAUGGUGUCAAAAGCUUUAGACAAGUCCAGAAAAAUCCCAAUACCAUAUUCGCCUUUAUCGAUUGCUCCGUAGAUUUUAUCAGUCAAGUCAAGUACUGCCAUAUAUGUAGUGUUUUCCUUUCUGAAACCAUACUGGGAUGGGGCAAUGAUGUUUAGUUUGUUUAGAUAGUUGUUAAGUUUAUUGUAAACUACUCUUUCCAAAACCUUGGAAAGAGUAGGCAAGAUUGAUAUUGGUCUGUAGUUGCUAAGAUCGUUUUUAUCUCCUGAUUUAAAGACCGGUGUGAUACGUGCUAUUUUUGCUAUUUGUGGCACUACUCCAGAGAGUAUAGACAGAUUGAUGCAAUAUGUAAGAGGUGCAGUUAUUAUAUUGGAGAUGCUUUUCAGAAUUUUACUUGAGAUACCAUCUA